UUCCUGAGAACUAAGCAAUGGGGAGACAUUUGGCCUUGCUUCUGCUUCUGCUGCUCCUUCUCCAACAUUUUGGAGAUAGUGAUGGAAGCCAAAGACUUGAGCAGACCUUUCCUCUCCAGUUUACACAUUUCCAGUACAAUGUCACUGUGCAUGAAAACUCUGCAGCUAAAACCUAUGUUGGGCAUCCUGUAAAGAUGGGCAUUUACAUUACAAAUCCAUUGUGGGACUUAAGGUACAAAAUCAUCUCAGGAGACAAUGAAAACCUGUUCAAAGCUGAAGAGUACAUUCUUGGAGACUUUUGCUUUUUAAGAAUAAGGACCAAAGGAGGAAAUACAGCUAUUCUGAAUAGAGAAGUGAGAGACCAUUAUACAUUGAUAGUCAAAGCGGUUGAAAAAAAUACUAAUGUUGAAGCACGAACCAAGGUCAGAGUGCAAGUGCUGGAUACAAAUGACUUGAGACCGUUAUUCUCACCAACCUCAUACAGUGUUUCUUUACCUGAAAACACAGCCAUAAGGACCAGUAUUGCAAGAGUCAGUGCCACAGAUGCAGAUAUAGGAACCAACGGAGAAUUCUACUACAGUUUUAAAGACCGAACAGAUAUGUUUGCUAUUCACCCAACAAGUGGUACAGUCGUUUUAACUGGUAAACUUGAUUAUGCAGAGACCAAGCUGUAUGAGAUGGAAAUUCUUGCUGUGGACCGUGGGAUGAAAUUGUAUGGUAGCAGUGGUAUCAGCAGCAUGGCCAAGCUCACAGUUCAUGUAGAACAGGCCAAUGAAUGCGCUCCUACGAUAGCAGCAGUGACGUUAUCACCAUCGGAACUGGACCAAGAUCCAACAUAUGCAAUUGUAACAGUGGAUGACUGUGAUCAGGGUGCCAAUGGGGAAAUAGCUUCUCUAAGCAUUGUGGCAGGUGAUCCCUUCCAGCAGUUUAGGACAGUGAGGUCUUCUCCAGGGAGUAAAGAAUAUAAAAUUAAAGCAGUUGGAACCAUCGAUUGGGACAGCCAUUCUUAUGGCUAUAAUCUGACGCUUCAAGCUAAAGAUAAAGGAACUCCUUCCCAGUUCUCUUCUGUGAAACGAAUCCAUGUGACUUCUCCACGUUUCAAAGCAGGGCCAGUCAAGUUUGAAAAGGAUGUUUACCGAGUAGAAAUAAGUGAAUUUGCCCCACCCAACACACCUGUGGUCAUGGUAAAAGCCAAACCUAGUUAUUCUCAUUUGAGGUAUGUUUUUAAAAGUACACCUGGAAAAGCUAAAUUCAGUUUAAACCACAAUACUGGCCUCAUUUCCAUUUUAGAACCCAUUAAAAGACAGAAGACACCUCAUUUUGAAAUAGAAGUAACAACAAGUGACAGAAAAGCCUCCACCAAAGUCAUGGUUAAAGUCUUAGGUGCAAACAGUAACCCUCCUGAAUUUACCCAGACAGCAUACAAAGCAUCUUUUGAUGAGAAUGUGCCAAUUGGCACUAGUGUCAUGAGUGUGAGUGCUGUCGAUCCCGAUGAGGGUGAGAAUGGGUAUGUGACUUACAGUAUUGCAAAUUUAAAUCGUGUGCCAUUCGUAAUUGACCAUUUUACUGGUGUUGUGAGUACUUCGGAAAACUUGGACUACGAACUGAUGCCGCGGGUUUAUACUCUAAGGAUUCGCGCUUCCGACUGGGGCUUGCCAUACCGCCGGGAAGUGGAAGUCUUAGCUACGAUCACACUCAAUAACUUGAAUGACAACACACCCUUGUUUGAAAAAAUAAAUUGUGAAGGUACAAUUUCCAGGGAUCUAGGUGUGGGAGAGCAAAUAACUACCGUUUCUGCUAUUGAUGCUGAUGAGCUUCAGUUGGUCCAAUAUCAGAUUGAAGCAGGAAAUGAGCUAGAUUUGUUCAGUUUAAACCCCAGUUCUGGGAUGCUGUCAUUAAAACAAUCGCUAAUGGAUGGCUUAGGUGCGAAGGUGUCUUUUCACAGUCUGAGAAUUAUGGCUACAGAUGGAGAACAUUUCGCCACGCCUUUAUACAUCAACAUGACUGUGGCUGCCAGUCGCAAGCUAGUGAACUUACAGUGUGAAGAGACUGGUGUUGCCAAAAUGCUGGCAGAGAAACUCCUGCAGGCAAACAAAUUAGACAAUCAGGGAGAAGCUGAGGAUAUUUUUUUUGAUUCUCACUCGGUCAAUGCUCAUGCACCACAGUUUCGAAGUACUCUUCCAACUAGCAUUGAGAUAAAGGAAAACCAUCCUUUGGGUUCCAACAUAAUUUUCAUGAAUGCUACUGACCUUGACACUGGCUUCAAUGGAAAACUGGUCUAUGCUCUUUCUGGAGGAAAUGAGGAUAGUUGCUUCAUUAUUGACGUAGAAACAGGAAUGCUAAAAAUUUUAUCUCCACUUGACCGUGAAACAACAGAUAAAUACACACUGAAUAUUACUGUGUAUGACCUUGGUAUUCCACAGAAGGCCACUUGGCGUCUUCUGGAUAUCACAGUGUUGGAUGCUAAUGAUAAUCCUCCUGAAUUUUUACAAGAAAACUAUUUUGUUGAAGUGAAUGAAGACAAGGAGAUAAAUAGUGAAAUCAUCCAGGUUGAAGCCACAGAUAAAGAUCUAGGGCCUAAUGGACAAGUGACAUACUCUAUUCUUACAGACACAGACAAGUUUUCCAUCGAUAGCACUACUGGGGUUGUUAAAGUUGUACGCCCUUUAGAUCGGGAAGUACAGCAUGUACAUUAUUUAAAAAUUGAAGCCAAGGAUCAAGCUAAAGAAGAACCCCAGUUGCUUUCCACUGUACUUUUGAAAGUGUCAUUAGAAGAUGUUAAUGACAACCCACCUAAGUUUAUACCAUCCAAUUACCGUGUGAAAGUUCGCGAAGACCUUCCAGAAGGAAGCAUAAUCAUGUGGUUAGAGGCCUAUGAUCCUGAUGUAGGUCAGUCUAGUCAAGUGAGGUACAGCCUUUUGGACCAUGGAGAAGGACAUUUUGAUGUUGAUAAACUCAGCGGAGCACUUAGAAUUGUACAGCACUUAGACUUUGAGAAGAAACAAGUGUAUAAUCUCACUGUAAGGGCCAAAGACAAAGGAAAACCUAUUUCUCUGUCUUCUACUUGCUACGUUGAAGUUGAGGUAGUUGAUGUGAAUGAGAAUUUACACCCACCAGUUUUUUCCAGCUUUGUGGAGAAGGGUGCAGUGAAAGAAGAUGUGCCUGUUGGUUCAUCAGUAAUGACAGUAUCAGCUCAUGAUGAAGACACAGGAAGAGAUGGAGAGGUCCGAUAUUCCAUUAGAGAUGGUUCUGGCGUUGGUGUUUUCAAAAUAGAUGAAGAAACAGGUGUCAUUGAAACAGCAGAUAGACUGGAUCGUGAGCUGACCUCUCAUUACUGGUUAACCGUCUAUGCAACUGAUCAGGGGGUUGUCCCUCUUUCAUCAUUUAUAGAGAUAUACAUACAGGUUGAGGAUGUCAAUGACAAUGCCCCGCAGACGUCAGAGCCUGUUUAUUAUCCAGCAAUAAUGGAAAAUUCUCCCAAGGAUGUAUCUGUGGUCCAAAUUGAGGCAUUUGAUCCAGAUUCUAGCUCCAAUGAUAAGCUGGCAUACAAAAUUACAAGUGGAAAUCCACAAGGAUUCUUUUCAAUACAUCCCAAAACAGGUCUCAUCACAACUACAUCUAGGAAACUAGACCGAGAACAGCAAGAUGAACACAUUUUAGAAGUAACUGUGACAGAUAACGGUAGUCCUUCCAAAUCAACAAUUGCAAGAGUAAUUGUGAAAAUCCUUGAUGAAAAUGACAACAAACCUCAGUUCCUGCAAAAGUUCUACAAAAUUGGACUCCCAGAGCGGGAAAAACCAGAACGAGAAAGAACUGCCAAGCGAGAACCUCUAUAUCGUGUGAUAGCUACAGACAAAGAUGAAGGUCCCAAUGCAGAAAUCUCCUACAGCAUUGAAGAGGGAAAUGAGAAUGGCAAGUUUUUCAUUGAACCAAAAACUGGAGUGGUUUCAUCAAAGAAAUUUUCUGGAGCUGGAGAAUAUGACAUUCUUACAAUAAAAGCAGUUGAUAAUGGUCGCCCUCAAAAGUCAUCAACCACUCGCCUUCAUAUUGAAUGGAUCUCCAAACCCAAACCAUCCCUGGAGCCAAUUUUAUUUGAAGAAUCGUUUUUCACCUUUACUGUAAUGGAAAGUGAUCCAGUUGCUCACAUGAUUGGAGUGAUAUCUGUUGAACCCCUUGGCACACCGCUUUGGUUUGACAUCAUUGGUGGCAACUAUGACAGUCACUUUGAUGUGGAUAAGGGCACUGGAACCAUCAUUGUUGCCAAACCUCUUGAUGCAGAACAAAAAUCAAAUUAUAACCUUACAGUGGAAGCUACAGAUGGAACCACAACUAUAGUUACUCAGGUAUUCAUCAAAGUAAUAGAUACAAAUGACCAUCGUCCUCAGUUUUCUUCAUCAAAAUAUGAAGUUGUUAUUCCUGAAGAUACAGUGCCAGAAACGGAAAUUUUGCAAAUCAGUGCUGUGGAUAAGGAUGAGAAAAACAAACUAAUCUACACUCUGCAAAGUAGUGUCGAUCCCUCAAGUCUCAAGAAAUUUCGUCUUGAUCCUGCAACUGGGACUCUUUAUACAUCUGAAAAGCUAGAUCAUGAAGCCAGUCACCAGCAUGUUCUUACGGUGAUGGUACGGGAUCAAGAUGUUCCUGUAAAGCGCAACUUUGCAAGGAUUAUGGUUAAUGUCAGUGAUACGAACGACCAUGCCCCGUGGUUCACAAGCUCAUCCUAUGAAGGACGGGUUUAUGAAUCAGCAGCGAUUGGCUCUGUUGUGCUACAGGUUACAGCUCUCGACAAGGACAAAGGGAAGAAUGCUGAAGUGCUAUACUCUAUUGAAUCAGGAAAUAUUGGAAAUUAUUUUACAAUCGAUCCCAUCUUGGGCUCUAUAAAAACUGCCAAAGAAUUAGAUCGAAGCAACCAAGUGGAAUAUGAUUUAAUGGUUAAAGCUACUGAUAAAGGAAAUCCACCAAUGAGUGAGAUAACAUCUGUGCGCGUCUUUGUCACCAUUGCCGACAAUGCCUCUCCUAAAUUUACAUCAAAAGAAUAUUCUGUUGAAAUUAGUGAAACAAUCAGCAUUGGGAGUUUUGUGAUAAUGGUUAUGUCCCAUAGUCAGUCAUCAGUAGUCUAUGAAAUAAAAGAUGGAAAUAUUGGCGAUGCUUUUGAUAUCAACCCACAUUCCGGAAGUAUCAUCACUCAAAAAGUCCUGGAUUUUGAAACUUUGCCCACUUACACAUUGAUAAUACAAGGAACUAACAUGGCUGGCUUGUCCACUAACACAACUGUUCUGGUUCAUCUACAGGAUGAAAAUGACAACGUGCCAAUUUUUAUGCAGGCAGAAUAUACAGGACUCAUUAGCGAAUCAGCCUCAAUUAACAGUGUGGUCCUGACAGACAGUAGUGUCCCAUUAGUUAUUCGAGCAACUGAUGCUGAUAAGGAAUCAAAUGCUUUGCUUGUUUAUCACAUCGUUGAACCAUCUGUACACAAAUACUUUGCCAUUGAUUCUAGCACUGGUGCAAUUCAUACAGUACUAAGUUUGGACUAUGAGGAAACAAGUGUUUUUCAUUUUACUGUACAAGUGCACGACAUGGGAACACCACAUUUAUUUGCCGAAUAUGCUGCCAAUGUGACUAUCCGUGUAAUUGACAUUAAUGACUGCCCUCCUGUGUUCUCCAGAUCAUUAUAUGAAGCCCCACUUUUGUUGCCAACAUACAAAGGCGUAAAAGUCAUCACAGUAAAUGCUACAGAUGCUGAUUCAAGUGCAUUCUCACAGUUAAUGUAUUCUAUCACUGAAGGCAACAUCGGGGAGAAGUUCUUUAUGGACUACAAGACUGGCUCGAUAACUGUACAAAACACAACUCAGUUAAGAAGCCGCUAUGAGUUAACCAUUAGGGCAUCUGAUGGCAGAUUUGCAAGCUUUACCUCUGUGAAAAUUAAUGUGAAAGAAAGCAGAGAAAGUCAGUUAAAAUUUACCCAAGAUUUGUAUUCUGUGGUAGUGAAAGAGAAUUCUACUGAAGUGAUGACAUUAGCUGUGAUUACUGCUAUUGGGAAUCCAAUCAAUGAACCUUUGUUUUAUCAUAUCCUCAACCCAGAUCGAAGAUUUAAAAUAAGCCAUACUUCAGGAGUGCUCUCGACCACAGGCAUACCAUUUGAUCGUGAACAGCAGGAGGCAUUUGAUGUGGUGGUAGAAGUUACAGCAGAACAUAAGCCUUCAGUAGUUGCUCAUGUUGUUGUGAAGGUCACCAUUGAAGACCAAAAUGAUAAUGCACCAGUGUUUGUCAAUCUUCCUUACUAUGCUGUGGUUAAAGUGGAUGCCGAGGCAGGUCAUAUUAUUCGCUAUGUUACCGCCGUAGACAGAGAUAGUGGUAGAAAUGGGAAAGUGCAUUACUACCUUAAGGAACAUCAUGAACAUUUUCAAAUUGGACCCUCUGGUGAAAUUUCACUGAAAAAGCAAUUUGAACCUGACACCUUAAAUAAAGAAUAUCUUGUCACAGUAGUUGCAAAAGAUGGAGGAAGCCCAGCUUUUUCUGCUGAAGUUAUAGUUCCCAUCACUGUUAUGAAUAAAGCCAUGCCUGUGUUUGAAAAACCUUUCUACAGUGCAGAGAUUCCUGAGAAUAUCCAGAUGCACAGUCCAGUGGUCCACGUGCAAGCUAACAGUCCAGAAGGAUUGAAAGUGUUCUACAGCAUCACAGAUGGAGAUCCCUUCAGUCAGUUCACCAUCAACUUUAAUACAGGAGUGAUAAAUGUCAUCGCUCCUUUGGAUUUUGAGUCCCACCCAGCAUAUAAAUUGUGCAUACGUGCAACUGACUCUUUGACCGAUGCUCAUGCUGAAGUAUUUGUUGACAUUAUAGUGGAAGACAUCAAUGAUAACCCUCCAGUGUUUGCUCAACAGUCUUAUGCUACAACUCUGUCGGAGGCUUCUAUAAUCGGAACAUCUGUCGUUCAAGUUAGAGCAACAGAUUCUGAUUCAGAACCAAACAGAGGAAUUUCAUACCACAUGUUUGGGAAUCACAGCAAGAGUCAUGAUCAUUUCCACAUUGAUAGCAGCACUGGUCUCAUUUCACUAGUCAGGACUUUGGAUUAUGAAGAGUUCCAGCAGCACAAGAUUUUUGUAAGGGCCAUUGAUGGUGGCAUGCCCCCCCUGAGCAGUGAUGUGAUUGUCACGGUGGAUGUCACAGACCUCAAUGAUAAUCCACCACUGUUUGACCAGCAGGUUUAUGAAGCCAAAAUAAGUGAGCAUGCCACCCAUGGGCAUUUUGUGACUUGUGUAAAAGCUUAUGAUGCAGACAGUUCAGACAUAGACAAGUUGGAAUACUCCAUUCUGUCUGGCAAUGAUCAUAAGAAUUUUGUCAUUGACGGUGCAACAGGGAUUAUCACACUCUCAAACCUGCGCCGGCACACCUUGAAGCCAUUUAACCAGCUUAACAUUUCUGUUUCUGAUGGAGUCUUUAGAAGUUCAGCACAGGUCCAAGUAACUGUAAUUGGAGGCAAUUUGCACAGCCCUGUUUUCCUUCAGAACGAAUAUGAAGUAGAGCUAGCUGAAAACGCUCCUUUGCAUACUUUGGUAACUGAGGUUAAAGCAACUGAUAAAGAUUCUGGUAUUUAUGGCCACAUCACUUACCAUAUUGUAAAUGACUUUGCAAAAGACAGAUUUUACACAAAUGAGAAAGGGCAGAUAUUUACUUUGGAAAAACUUGAUCGAGAGACUGCAGCAGAGAAAGUAAUCUCAGUUCGUCUAAUGGCUAAGGAUGCUGGAGGAAAAGUUGCUUUCUGCACCAUUAAUGUCAUCCUUACAGAUGAUAACGAUAAUGCACCCCAGUUUCGAGCAACCAGAUAUGAAGUAAACAUUGGAUCUGAUGCACCCAAAGGGACAUCAGUUAUUAAGGUUCUUGCAAGUGAUGCUGAUGAGGGAUCCAAUGCUGAUGUCGCCUAUGCCAUUGAAGCCGAUUCUGAAAGUGUUAAAGAGAAUUUGGAAAUCAACAAACUAUCUGGUGUAAUUACCACAAAGGAAAGCCUAAUUGGAUUAGAAAAUGAGUUUUUCACUUUCUUUGUUAGAGCUGUAGAUAAUGGGGCUCCACCAAAAGAAUCUGUUGUUGCUGUCUAUGUUAAAAUACUUCCACCGGAAGUGCAGCUUCCCAAAUUCUCAGAACCAUUUUAUACCUAUACUGUUUCUGAAGACAUGCCUAUUGGAACAGAGAUAGAUCUCAUCCGAGCAGAACAUAGUGGGACUGUUCUUUACAGCCUAAUCAAAGGGAACACUGCAGAAAGUAACCGGGAUGAGUUCUUUGUGAUUGACAGACAAAGUGGGAGACUGAAACUGGAGAAGAGUCUUGAUCAUGAGACAACUAAGUGGUAUCAAUUUUCUGUACUAGCUCGAUGCACCCACGAUGACUAUGAAGUGUUGGCUUCUGUAGAUGUUAGUAUCCAGGUGAAAGAUGCAAAUGAUAACAGUCCUGUCUUGGAAUCUAAUCCAUAUGAAGCAUUCAUUGUUGAAAACCUGCCAGGGGGAAGUAAAGUCAUCCAGACCAGAGCUUCUGACUUAGACUCAGGAAUCAACGGCCAAAUUAUGUAUAGUCUAGAUCAGACACAAAGUAUAGAAGUCAUCGAGUCUUUUGCCAUUAACAUGGAAACAGGCUGGAUUACAACCCUAAAGGAACUUGACCAUGAAAAGAGAGACCAUUACCAGAUUAGAGUGAUUGCCUCAGAUCUUGGAGAAAAGAUUCAGCUGUCCUCCACAGCCAUUGUGGAUGUCACUGUAACGGAUGUCAACGACAGUCCCCCACGAUUCACGGCAGAGAUAUAUAAAGGGACUGUGAGUGAAGAUGAUCCUCCAGGUGGUAUCAUUGCCAUUUUAAGUACCACAGAUGCGGAUUCUGAAGAGAUGAACAGACAAGUUACAUACUAUAUAACAGGAGGGGAUCCUUUGGGACAGUUUGCUAUUGAGAAUAUGCAGAAUGAAUGGAAGGUCUAUGUGAAGAGACCACUGGAUAGGGAAGAAAAGGAUAAUUAUCUUCUAACUAUCACAGCAACUGAUGGGACCUUCUCCUCAAAAGCCAUAGUUGAAGUAAAAGUUCUUGAUGCAAAUGACAACAGUCCAGUUUGUGAAAAGACUGUAUAUUCAGACACAAUUCCAGAAGACACCCUUCCUGGGAAGUUGAUCUUGCAGAUCUUUGCUACAGAUGCAGAUAUCCGUUCCAAUGCUGAAAUUACUUAUACAUUGUUUGGCCCAGGUGCAGAAAAAUUCAAACUAAAUGCAGACACAGGUGAACUGAAAACAUUAGCUCCUCUUGAUCGUGAGGAGCAAGCAGUUUAUAAUCUUCUAGUCAAGGCUACAGAUGGAGGUGGAAGAUUCUGUCAAGCUAGUAUUGUGCUUACAUUAGAAGAUGUAAAUGAUAAUGCUCCUGAAUUCUCUGCUGAUCCGCACACCAUCACUGUGUUUGAGAACACAGAACCUGGAACGCUGUUGACAAGAGUACAGGCCACAGAUGCAGAUGCAGGAUUGAAUCGCAAGAUUUCCUACUCACUAAUUAACUCUGCUGAUGGACAGUUCUCCAUUAAUGAAUUAUCUGGAAUUAUUCAGUUAGAGAAACCUUUGGAUAGAGAACUACAGGCAGUAUAUACUCUUACCUUGAAAGCUGUCGAUCAAGGUUUGCCAAGGAGAUUGACAGCCACUGGCACAGUUGUUGUAUCAGUUUUGGAUAUAAAUGACAAUCCUCCUGUGUUUGAAUACCGUGAAUAUGGUGCCACAGUGUCUGAGGACAUUCAUAUUGGAACUGAAGUUGUUCAGGUGUAUGCUGCAAGUCGGGAUAUUGAAGCAAAUGCUGAAAUCACCUACUUAAUAAUUAGUGGAAAUGAACAUGGAAAAUUCAGCAUAGAUUCAAAAACAGGGGCUAUAUUUAUCAUUGAGAAUCUAGAUUAUGAAAGCUCUCAUGAAUAUUACCUGACUGUUGAAGCCACUGAUGGAGGCACACCUUCAUUAAGUGAUGUUGCAACUGUGAACAUUAAUGUAACUGAUAUCAAUGAUAACACCCCCAUGUUCAGCCAAGACACCUACACAGCCGUGAUCAGUGAAGAUGCUCUUCUUGAACAGUCUGUCAUCAUGGUUAUGGCUGAUGAUGCUGAUGGACCUUUAAACAGUCACAUCCACUAUUCAAUUAUAGACGGCAAUCAAGGAAGCCCAUUUACAAUUGACCCGGUCAAAGGUGAAGUGAAAGUCACCAAGCUUCUAGACCGGGAAACAAUUUCAGGAUAUACGCUCACCAUUCAAGCUUCUGAUAAUGGCAGCCCGCCCAGAGUGAACACCACUACUGUGAACAUUGAUGUGUCUGAUGUGAAUGACAAUCCUCCAGUCUUCUCCAAGGGAAACUACAGUGUAAUCAUCCAGGAGAACAAACCUGUGGGUUUCAGUGUACUACAGCUCAUGGUAACAGACAAGGAUUCUUCUCAUAAUGGUCCACCUUUCUUCUUUACUCUUGUGAGUGGAAAUGACGACCGAGCAUUUGAAGUUAACCAGCAAGGAGUCCUCCUGACCGCAGUCGCCAUAAAGAGGAAAGUGAAGGAUCAUUACUUACUGCAUGUUAAGGUGGCAGAUAAUGGGAAACCUCAGCUGUCAUCUUUGACAUACAUUGACAUUAGGGUCAUUGAGGAGAGUAUAUAUCCUCCUGCAAUUUUACCAUUAGAAAUUUUUAUUACUGUUUUUGGAGAGGAAUACUCAGGUGGUGUCAUUGGGAAGAUCCAUGCAACAGACCAAGACGUAUAUGACACUUUAACCUACAGUCUUGAUCCCCAAAUGGACAACUUAUUCUCAGUUUCCAGCACAGGUGGUAAGCUGAUCGCACACAAAAAACUAGAUAUAGGGCAAUAUCUUCUCAAUGUCAGUGUGACCGAUGGAAGAUUUACAACAAUGGCUGACAUCACGGUGCAUAUCAAGCAAAUCACGCAAGAGAUGUUGAACCACACCAUUGCAAUUCGCUUUGCCAAUCUUACUCCAGAAGAAUUUGUUGGUGACUACUGGCGCAACUUCCAGAGAGCUUUAAGGAACACCUUGGGUGUGAGGAGGAACGACAUACAGAUUGUAAGCUUGCAGCCCUCUGAGCCUCAAUCACACCUAGAUGUCUUACUUUUUGUAGAGAAAUCAGGUAGUGCUCAGGUUUCAACAAAAAUUCUCCUGCAUAAGAUUAAUUCCUCUGUGGCUGAUAUCGAGGAAAUCAUUGGUGUUAGAAUAUUGAAUGUGUUCCAGAAGCUCUGUGCAGGACUAGAUUGCCCAUGGAAAUUCUGUGAUGAGAAGGUGUCUGUGGAUGAAAAUGUCAUGUCAACGCAUAGCACGGCCAGACUGAGUUUUGUGACUCCCCGCCACCGGAGAACCGCUGUGUGUCUCUGCAAAGAGGGAAAAUGCCCAGUUAUCCACCAUGGAUGUGAUGACAAGCCAUGCCCUGAGGGAUCUGAAUGUAUCACUGAUACCAGAGAGGAAAAAUACACAUGUGUGUGUCCUGAUGGCAAGUUUGGUCAGUGCCCAGGGAGUUCAUCUGUAACAUUUACUGGAAACAGCUUUGUGAAAUACCGGCUAAUGGAAAAUGAGAACAAAUUAGAGAUGAAAUUGACAAUGCGGCUCAGAACAUAUUCUACACAUGCUGUUGUGAUGUAUGCUCGAGGAACAGACUAUAGUAUCUUGGAGAUUCAUAAUGGUAGACUACAAUACAAAUUUGACUGUGGAAGUGGACCUGGAAUUGUGUCUGUUCAAAGCAUUCAGGUCAACGAUGGGCAGUGGCAUUCAGUGUUACUCGAAGUGAAUGGAAACUACGCUAGGUUGGUUCUAGACCAAGUCCACACGGCAUCAGGUACAGCCCCAGGGACUCUGAAAACCCUCAACCUGGAUAAUCAUGUGUUUUUUGGCGGCCACAUCCGUCAGCAAGGCACAAGGCAUGGAAGAAGUCCUCAAGUUGGUAAUGGCUUCAGGGGUUGUAUGGACUCCAUUUACUUGAACGGGCAAGAGCUCCCUUUACAUAACAAACCAAGAAGCUAUGCACACAUUGAAGAAUCGGUGGAUGUAUCUCCUGGAUGCUUAUUAACAGCUACAGAAGACUGCUCAAGCAAUCCUUGCCAGAAUGGAGGCAUUUGCAACCCAUCACCUACUGGAGGUUAUUACUGCAAAUGCAAUGCCUUAUUCAUAGGGACAUAUUGUGAAGUGAGCGUCAAUCCGUGCUCCUCCAACCCUUGCCUUUAUGGUGGUACAUGUCUUGUAGACAACGGAGACUUUGUUUGCCAGUGCAGAGGAUUAUAUACUGGUCAGAGGUGUCAGCUUAGUCCAUAUUGCAAGGAUGAACCCUGUAAAAAUGGAGGAACAUGUUUUGACAGUUUGGAUGGGGCUGUUUGCCAGUGCGACUCAGGUUUUAGAGGAGAAAGGUGUCAGAGUGACGUUGAUGAGUGUGCGGGCAGCCCCUGCCACAAUGGGGCCCUGUGUGAGAAUACCCACGGCUCCUAUCACUGUAACUGCAGCCAGGAAUUUAGGGGCAAACACUGCGAGGACGCUACCCCCAAUCAAUACGUGUCCACCCCAUGGAACAUCGGCCUGGCUGAAGGAAUUGGAGUCCUUGCUUUUAUCAUAGGGAUCUUUUUACUGGUGUUGGUAUUUGUUCUUUGCCGCAAAAUGAGUAAUCGAAAGAAGAAACACCAGCCCAAACCUGAAGAUAAACACUUGGGGCCCACAACUGCGUUCUUACAAAGACCGUAUUUUGAUUCAAAGUUAAAUAAGAACAUUUAUUCAGACAUACCACCCCAGGUGCCUGUCCGGCCUAUUUCCUACACUCCAAGCAUUCCAAGCGACUCUAGAAACAACCUUGACCGGAAUUCCUUCGAAGGAUCUGCUAUCCCAGAGCAUCCUGAGUUCAGCACUUUUAACCCUGAGUCUGUGCAUGGACACCGGAAAGCCGUGGCUGUGUGCAGUGUAGCUCCAAACUUGCCUCCUCCGCCUCCUUCAAACUCGCCUUCUGACAGUGACUCCAUACAGAAGCCUAGCUGGGACUUUGACUAUGACACUAAAGUGGUGGAUCUAGAUCCCUGUCUUUCUAAGAAGCCUCUGGAGGAAAAGCCGUCUCUUCCAUACAGUGCCCGGGAAAGCCUGUCUGAAGUGCAGUCACUCAGUUCCUUCCAGUCGGAAUCGUGCGAUGACAAUGGGUAUCACUGGGAUACAUCGGACUGGAUGCCAAGUGAUCCUCUGCCAGACAUACAAGAGUUUCCCAACUGUGAAAUUAUCAGUGAACAAACACACCUGUACUCAGCAGACCCAAAUGCCAUUGAUACAGACUAUUACCCUGGAGGCUACGACAUAGAAAGUGACUUUCCACCACCACCAGAAGACUUCCCUGCACCAGAUGAGCUACCACCAUUACCUCCCGAUUUCAGCCAUCACUUUGAAUCCAUACACCCUCCUAGAGACAUGCCUGCCGCAGGUAGUUUAGGUUCUUCAACGAGGAACCGGCAGAGGUUCAAUUUGAAUCAGUAUCUGCCCAAUUUCUAUCCCGCUGACAUGUCUGAACCUCAGAAAACAGGCACUGGUGAGAAUAGUACUUGUAGAGACCCUUACGCCCUUUACAGUCCAGGGUAUCAAAGAAACUUUGAAGCCCCCACUGUAGAAAACAUGCCCAUGUCUGUGUACGCGUCCACAGCUUCCUGCUCUGAUGUGUCAGCGUGCUGUGAAGUGGAGUCUGAGGUCAUGGUGAGUGACUAUGAGAGUGGGGACGACGGCCACUUUGAAGAGGUGACAAUUCCUCCACUCGAUCCGCAGCAGCAUACUGAAGUCUGACGCUCACACUCCCCCCAAAGUGCCUGGACUUUGAUGAACCUAGAGAUUAUUUAAAUAAUAAUCUGCAUUGUUCUUUGCAGCAGUGCUUAGACAGUUUUUGUUUUUCUGGUGACCUAAAAUGGGCAUGGCUGCACUGAACCUUGCGCCUCUUGACACGUUAGCCAUUUCCAGUGUCCUAACCUACUGUAAUUGGGAGAGAUUUACAUUGGCUGUGCCAUUUCUGAACGUCCUUUAUCCUUUUUUUUUUAAAUUCACAUUUGUCUGUUCAAAUAAGACCACGAAAAUCAGUCCUUCCAUCUUGUUAGCAUGACUCAUGUAUUUAUGUAGAUUUGAUGAUUUCGUUUUCCUGUUUGUAAAUUUUAUGUACAGAUUUGAUUUCUCAUAGUUUUAACUAGAUCAUCAAGUAUUAUGUGGUUUUGUUCUGACUGAAUUCUGGUGGUGUUAGUGACAUUACCUACACCCUGAUUUUUAAAAAAAAUAUAACCAGGGUUUCGUUACAUGUUCUUUCCCACUGAGGUGUCGGACAUUUCAUAAUUGCAUUUCAAUCUAGUCUUUCAUUUCUAGAUGUACAUAUGAUGGGAAAGAGUUGAUCCAUGGACAUGUCUUAAACGGAUUACUGUAUUUUAGAAUUAUAAACAUUUUUCAUUAUUGGAAAGUGUAAUGGGGACCUUCUGCAUACCUGUUUAGAACCAAAACCACCCUGACACAGUUUUUAUAGUGUCUGUAUAUUUGUGAUGCAAUGGUCUUGUAAAGGUUUUUACUGAAAUCUACCAUUAGCCAGUCUUUCUUACUGACAAUAAAUUAUUAAUAAAACACUUUAUCUUUA